AUGAAGCGCAUAGCUCUAGAAAUGCCAACUAUCGAUCCAGAGGUGGUCCGACUCGACUCCAGCCUCCGCUGCCACCCCAUCGCCGGUCGCCUUCGCCAUUCCCCCUCUGCAAUGCCGGUCGCCUUCGCUGCUUGCUGCUGCCAUCGUGCUACCCUCGAUCUUCAUCAGGGACAUCCGAAAGCCGCUUCUUUGAAAACCGUCCCAUUAUUGUUUCCAGAGCUUUGUGCAGAACUCUUUGAUGGAAGCAGUGCAUCUGGUAAUCUCAGCUAUGCCACAUCCCAAACACCAUCGGGAUCAUCUUCUUUCCAUGGCGCACCAUUACAGCUUUUGGAUUCCCCUUCCAUUAACAUAGAGGAAGAUGAUUUUUUUUCCAAUCAUACAAGUGAACAUUUUACUCAGACUCCACCUUCUGCUGCUUCACCUUCUGCUGAUUCACCUUAUGCUGCUUCACCUUCUGGUAACCCCAACAAAAGGGCUAAACCCUCAACUCCUAGACCUCGAGCUCCUAGUGCCUCACCUGAUCCACCUUCUUGUGCCUCGCCUAAAGCUUCUAUUACUGCUGAUGAUUUAGCACUGGAGAUGUAA